CGGGGAGGCAGCUGUCGAUGGCGAAGGGGAGGGGGACGAGGGGAAGGACGAGGAGCAAGAGGUUGAUGGUCUAGCGGAUAAGCUGCAGGACACCGCCUUGUCAACUCCGGGGAGUCAGAUACAACCAUCACCACCACCAUCAUUAUCGCCAUCACAGGAUUCCGCGGCCAAUGGUGGCGACGGCGGCGGUGGUGGUGCCGGGAAGAAGCGCAACAGGCAGAAAGAGCGCCUGGCCCGGCGGGCCGCCGAGGUAGAGGCCUCCGCCGCCGCGGCGGAGAGCGAGGCGGCCAACAUGACGGACCACCGGGCCAUCGAGCGGACGUACCUGGACAGCCAGUUCAAGGCGCACGGCUUGGUAGAGCAGGAUAUCCAGCCCGACGGGCACUGCCUGUUCAGCGCGGUGGCGGACCAGCUACGGACGCGGGGUUACGUCUCCUCGCCCUUGGCGUCGACGUCUUCUUCAAGUAGUACGGCAACAAGAACAGCAGCAGGCUUGGGAGCUGGCGGAAACGGGGAAGGGGGAGGAGGAGGAGGAGAAGCAGAACCCGGAUACAAAGCCACCCGUCGCGCGGCGACGGACUAUAUGCUCUCCCACCGCGACGACUUUGAGCCGUUCCUCGCCAUCGACGAGCGCCCAGCCGCCGUGGGCGGGUUCGAGGGCUACAUUGACAAGAUGCGCAACACGGCCGAGUGGGGCGGGCAGCUCGAGCUGGCGGCCCUGGCCAACGUGUACGGCGUCGAGAUCCGCGUCGUGCAGGACGGGAGGACCGAGACCAUCGCGCCGAACAAUGGGGCGGCUGGCGGGGACAAGACGAAGGACGGGGCCAAGAGGACGAUAUGGCUGGCUUAUUACCGCCAUGGGUAUGGGCUGGGCGAACAUUAUAAUUCGCUCAGGCCGGCGUCGUGAAUAAUGUGGCAAUGGAAAGGGCCUUCAAAGCGCGUUCAUUUGCUCAGAAGAUGAAUGACAGUGGAAGCUGCGCCGCGCGAAUGAGCAGUCCGUGGAGCCCGCACAGCACACGCGAGACAGAGCGUCAGUCUUGUCAGCUUCGAGAGCAUCGAAUUUGGAGUUGAGCACAUAUACAGAACAAUUGAGGGCCACUAUGCUACCCAUACACACACUAGAUCCAAUGCUUGUCAACACUUAACCGGCUCCCUUGAAGCGUGCUGCUGCAUUGUGCGAACCUCUCUUCACGAAAACACGUCACGAUUUCGGCU